ACAACGAUUUCAACAAAUCCCGGCUAUCUGAUUGGCUACUGUACACCACGUGAUCUACAGUUGACGUCUCCAUGUUUGUGUGACAACCUUUUUUACACUGUCGGGUUAGAAAAAGUGUUCCUUUUUGCAAUUUUGGCGAAGAUUCCAAGGAAAAGGAACAGUUUUUAGUGAGAGGGAAAGAUGGUUUACAAUUACACGAAGCCCCGUGGGCCCAUUGCUGCCAUGUACAGCAGCCCGGGCCCCUGCUAUGCUCUGCCUGGACUGGUUGGACAGAAGACCCAUGACCCCCGCAGUGAACACAACAAGGGACCCGCCUACCCCUUUGGAAUCCGCCACGGCAAGUUUAAGGAUGACUGCAGCCCCGGCCCCUGCUACUACCCCAGCCCCAAGUAUUCACGCGUUGGCCCCGAUGGCACCCCACACUACUCCCUGUACUCAAGACAAAAGGAUGGGCAGGUUUUCAAGGUUCCUGGCCCGGGCGCAUACUCCCCAGAACAGUCUGGUCAGUCCGCACACUACAAACACCCAUCAUUUAUCUUUGGAAUCCGCCACAGACACAGACGGACCGACAAUACCCCAGCACCUAACAACUAUUCUUUACCACAUAUGAUUGGUAAAACUGCCCAGAGCAGUAAAAAGCAGGCGCCAUGCUAUUCCCUGACUGGCAGAUCGAAUGUUGGCGCCUUCUGUGAAGAUUUAGCUAAGACCCCCGGACCUGGGACGUACGACACGACGCAGCCAAGUAUAUACAAGGACAAGUCGCCCCACUACAGUAUGACCAGCCGGAAUGUGAUGCCCGGAGACACAACACAGAAGCCCGGACCUGGAGCCCAUCAGCCCGAGGGGGUAAAAGUUGAUAAGAGGAUUGCGCCCAGUUUCAGCUUUGGUAUAAGACAUAGUCAAUAUGAGGCCCCCCUAAUUGUUGCCGCAGACUAAAAUGUGACUAUUCACAAACGGCAGGCCCCCCAGUACAGUUUUGGAAUCCGCCACACUGAAUACAUUGCUCCCCUUAUUGUUGAUGUUCAGGACUAAAAUCCUCGAUAAAGACUUUACAAUGAUUUUCAGAAAAUAUUGUAUUUUGAUAAACAGUUUACUUUAAUAUGCAUUCGAUUAGCAUUUUACUGAAAACAUUCAACUUUGGGGGAUGUUUAAUAGUGAUUUAACACACACUUAAAAUAACAAAUGAGACUUUGAUUUUUUAAGAUGCAUUUUAAUAAACAUUUUCUCUAUUUAUAUGUGUUUAUUGGUUAUUUAACUAAUGAAAGACAAAAAACAAAUAGGCAUGGUAACUGCUGAACUUGAUCUUUUGUAAAAGGUGAAAAUAAACCAUAUAAUUAUGCAAGUCUCCAUAAUGGUUUAUUGAAAGAUUUUGCUACUAGUGUAUAUAUUAUCAUAUAUUACAUAUUUACUUUUUUUAUUUUGUUAUAAUUAUACAUUACAUGAAAGUAUUUAAGGUCAUUGUGUUAGUGAUAAGAAUGUAUUUAUAGUUCACCAGAAAGAUAGCAGGGAGGAGCAAUUCAGUAUUAAAUAUUUCGCAUUCCACGAAAAAUAAAGCAUUAUAAUAUGUAUUUUUACCACAAUAUUCAAGCUUGGAAUUCUAAAUAUCUACUUUCCCAUUUUCGAUUUCGCAUGUAGGAAUUAUUUGUAUGUUCAGUAAGGCUUUUUAAGAUUAAAACCAUACAUAGAAGUGUGUUUUUUUUAAAUUUAUUGUCUCCCUUGUUAAGUUUUCGACAUUGAAGAAUUUGUCUUAGACUUCUCAAAGUUGUUAGUUAAUUAUCAUGUCUUCAGUACUCACAGUAUUUGAAGUUGUUUUCACACAGUAUUGGUUCUCUGUUAAAUGACUGUUUUGUAGUUUUAAUAUAUCUAAGUCUACAAGAUGUUUUUAUUUUUGUUUAUUCUUUUAUUUUCUUGCUCAAGUCUGUGAUAGAAGUUACGUCGUUAUUGACAGCGCGACUCUGUAGAGCUAUUAAUGAACUUUUACCUGUUGUUUUAUUUAGUUCUUUUCAAGGGUAUUCGAUGAAAAUGCAUAAUACAGUUUCUCUCAUCAGAAACACUGAAAUAAAUAGUUGUUUUACUACUCUUUUUUUACUUUUUUGCUUCGCUUUCAAGCCUUUCUCACCAAAGAAAAACAGACUUUUUUUCUUUUGCUUUUAUUUAAAGUUAUUUCCUUUUGUCUUUGAGUAUAUGAGCAAAAUGACUAGCCUGUAUUCAUUUUAGAACGAACAUUGUGUAUGUAAUUUGAGUGAUUCUAAUAAUAAAGUGUCCGAUGUUACAAAA